UAUGAUUACAGUACUGUCGAUUUUGAAAACCAUUUAAAUGUUUAUCGAAAUAUAAAAUAACAUCUAUCACGUCCAAAACGUCAUGCAAAUUUACAAUACGCUCCGUUGUUAUUGAAUCCAAUAGAUGAAGACAACAUUAGCAAAUUUGACACAAAAACUAAAACACCAGAGAUCGAAGAUCUACCUGAAUCUGAAGUCACUACAAGCAAAUAUAACAUAGAACCAUUAUUCUAUGAACAAUAUAAAGUCGAAAGUAAUAAAAUCGAACCGGCAACAUCUUUACAGCACUUUGGUGGUCAUAAUAUUAAAAUGGUGUAUAAUAGUGAACUAAGACCUGAGACAGAAAAUAGUUAUGGCUAUGCAGAUAGGAACGCACAUAUUAACAUUAGAAGUAACAUUUUUCAGUGCUCUAACAACAUAAUAUCUAAACAACGCCAAAUAAUGACGCCUAUUCCAAGGAAUCUUCCAAAUACAGACGUUUACUUUACCCAGAAUCCAGUCAAACAUAUUAUGCAAGGACUGCAAGCAUUGGAAAGUACUAAAAUAGAACCCGUCUUGAAUCCAUAUUAUGUUAAAAUUCCAAGAGUACAUCUGAACAAUGCGCAUAGUCGUCAAAUUGCUCAUGGCCAGAAAAAGGCGCUAGAAAAUGGAAACUUGAAACGUAUCCAUUUAAAUAAACAUAAGCAUAAAUUUGUGCCUGAUAUUGAUGUUCUUUUAUAUCAAAAGAGUUUCUUGUUUCCAGAUAAAUCGUUCAUAACCAAUCGUUCAAAGCCCACAACUCUGUAAUUUGCUUAUUUUAAGAAAUGCUUUAGCUUGU